UGUGUCACCCCCUUGGCAAAUAACACAUCCCAAUUCCCCAUAUCCAUCCAUCAUACAAAGAUCCACAAAUAGAAUUCAAAAAAAAAGAAAAAUGGUUCCACAAGCCAAACUUGUUGUGGCUUUCUUGAUCCUAAGCUCGGCCUUAAUAAUCCAAAACUCAGAGGCCGCAGUAGAUGGCAUAGCCACCUACUGGGGUCAAUAUACCAACGAGACCGAAGGAACUCUAGCCGUAGCCUGUGCUACCGGCUUGUAUUCUUUCAUAAACAUAGCCUAUGUUAACGUUUUUGGCGAAGGCCAAACGCUGGGACUCAGCCUUCCUGGUCACGGCGUUAAUUACACCCUUCUCGGCGAAGAAAUAAAGACUUGUCAGAGCCAGGGCGUUAAGAUCCUCGUCUCUCUUGGAGGACCUUCUGGAGAAUAUCAUUUGGCAAGUGAUGGAGAUGCUGACAGGGUUGCACAUCAACUGUGGAAUGCUGUCCUGGAAGGUGAUGACGCCGGAUACGCUGAGCGUAUUUUCGGAGAUGCAGUAUUGGACGGCGUAGAUUUGGACAUACAGCUUGGUUCCCCAAUAGAAUAUGAAGUUCUCGCACAAAUAUUGAAGGACUUAACCAAACAAGGAACAAAUACUUACUAUUUAUCUGCAGCUCCUAAGUGUUCUUCUUUUAAUAACAGCGAUGCUUAUCUUUGGACAGCCGUUCAGACGGGGCUUUUCGACUUCAUUUGGGUUAAGUUCUACAACGAUACUUCAUGCCAGUAUAAUACAGACACAGCUGCAGGUCAUGACACAGCCGCAGGUCAUGAUGCUUUUUACCUCUCAUUGUAUGAAUGGAUUGUGUCGCUUCAUGAAGGGAAUAAGCUGUUUAUAGGGAUACCGGCUUCCAAUGAAACUGAUAAUUCCCCACUCGGCGGCUACAUCCCGGUAGAAGUGCUGAAUGAUAAAAUUCUCUCGGUGAUAACUACGUCGCCAAAAUUUGGAGGUAUAAAUGUGUGGAAUAGGUUAUAUGAUCGUAUGACUAAUUACUCUUCCUCCAUUAUUCUCGAAUAUGUUAAUUCGGUAACUAAGUAUUUGCCAUUACGGACUAAAUUUAUGUAUCAGAAUGCAUAAUCCAUGCACCAUUACCGACUUCGUAUGGAUGAGUAAUUUGUACCCUGGAAUAUAUAUAUCCUGUACUACAUAAAUUGGGUACUACUAUGUAUGACUCUUGUUUAAAUAAAAAAUGGUGCGGAAUGUUUAGUA